AUGGAUCAAGUUGUGAAGUUGAGAGCUAAAGCCACCAAGUCCAUACGUGUCCCAUACUUUGCAGUAAAAAUCAAUAGGCAUGAAAGACUUGUACGAGUAGCUGACAUGCCCAGGUGGAGUCGAAAAGCCUUUGACGGGAUCCAUGAGCUGAACAGGGUGGAUAGUAUUGUUUAUGAUACUGCCCUGUUUGAGACCGACAACAUCCUCCUGAGUGCUCCAACUGGACCCGGGGAAGGUAAUGUUGCCAUCCUCACCAUUCUCCAGCAGUUCAGUAUAAAUAUGGAUAGAUGUGAUGAUUAUAGUGUAAAUCACAGAGGGUACAAAGUAUUGUAUUUGGCUUCUGCUACAGCUAUUGUUCGUAAGGUGGUGGCACAUUUGAGUGCAAGAUUGAGGUCUUUUGGUGCCAAGGUGAAAGAAAUGAGUGGUCAUGACCAGACCCUCACUCACUCACAGAUUGAAGAGACUCAGAUUAUUGUCACAACUCCUAAGGAUUGGGAAAUGAUCACAAGAAAGUUUGGAGAACACACUUGUACACUGGUCAUUAUUGAUGGAGUUCACCUUCUCCACUCUACUAGAGGCCCCGUUCUUGAAAGCAUUGUUGCUAGAACGGUUAGGAUGCUGGAGACCACCAAGAAACAUACCCGAUUGGUGGGUUUAUCUGCUGUGUUCCCCAACUAUGAAGACGUGGCGCGAUUCUUGCGUGUUGAUGAUAAUGGUCUUUUUAAUUUUGACAAUAGUUGCAGACCUGUUCCUCUUUCUCUCAAGUGUGUUGGAAUGGAGGAUAGAAACCCACUGAGUAGGUUUCAAUUGAUGAAUCAACGCUGUUAUGAAAACGUGAUAGCUGUGCCAGGAAAUCAUCCUGUUCUUAUUUUUGUCCACUCAGAGAACCAGACAGUCGAAACAGCUCGCUAUAUAAGGGAUACCGCAGUUGCUAAUGGUACCAUUGAUGCAUUUAAGAAAGAAGGCAGUGUGACCAUUCUUCAAAGUAGUAUUAAUUCGGCUGAGAGCAACGAUCUUAAAGACCUUCUGCCAUAUGGUAUUGCUUUUCAUCAUGCGGGGUUGAGCAGGGAUGAAUGCCAAAAAAUUGAGGAGCUCUUUGCUGAUGGGCGUAUACAGGUUUUGGUUUCUACUGCAACACUCGCUUGGGGUGUGAAUGUUCGAGCUCAUACUGUGAUAAUAAGAGGAACUCAGGUGUAUGAUCCAGAGAAGGGUGCAUGGGCUGAAAUAAGUACUCUGGAUGUUAUGCAGAUGUUAAGUCUUGCAGGAAGACCUCAGUAUGAUUCAAUUGGAGAAGGGGUAAUCAUUACCGAAGACGACAAACAACAGGACUACUUAUCUUUGUUAAACCAAGGAGUUCCUAUUCAAAGUUAUUUCAGGUCCAGUUUGGAAGAUCAAUUGAAUGCUGAAAUCGUCCUUGGGACUGUCAAAAAUUUCAGUGAAGCUUGUACAUGGUUACAAUACACUUACCUGUAUGUUCAAUGGGAACGUGAUCAGAGACUCUGGGGCUUGGAAGCUGCUGAUCUACCAAGAGAUGUUACAUUGAAGGAGAAGGUACAAGACUUGAUCACUACUGCUGCAAGCAUGUUGGCCAGUAAAAAGUUGAUCGAGUAUGAUGAGAAAAGUGGAUAUUUCCAGGUUACAGACUUGGGUAGAAUUGCUAGCUAUUACUACAUAACUCAUACAACAAUAUCUGCAUAUUACAAGCAUGUGGAGCCAACAAUGGAAGGCAUCGAGUUUUAUCAAUUAUUCUCCUCUAGUGAGGAAUUUAAGUAUGUCACUGUUCGGCAGGAUGAAAAGAUGGAACUAGAAUCAUUGAAUAUCGAUUUUCGAGUCAAGGAAAGCCUUGAAGAGGCCAGUGGCAAGAUUAAUGUUUUGUUGCAAGCAUAUAUUUCACAGAAGAAGCUUGAAGAGCUUUCAUUGACAUAUGACAUGGUUUACAUUACUCAGUGUGCUGAGCGUUUUCUACGAGCUCUUUUUGAGAUUAUUGUGUUGAAAUGUGGAAGAGCUCAACUAGCUGUACAGGCUUUGAACUUGUGUAAAAUGGUUAACAAGAGGAUGCGGAGUACCGAAGCACCAAUUGAGAUAAAGCUUGCAGCAUCAGUGCAACCAAUUACUCGCACUGUAUUAAGGGUUGAGCUUACUAUUAGUACACCAGACUUCCCAUGGGAGGAUGGAGUUCAUGGAUGUGCAGAGCCAUUUUGGUUAAUAGUGGAAGGUAACAAACAAUCUAUUCAUCAUGAAUAUUUUCUGCUCAAGAAUGAGGAUCACACAUUGAACUUUACAGUGGAAAUUCCCGAAGAGGUGGAACCUCAAUACGUCAUUCACGUGGUGUCUGAUAGGUGGGUUCAUCAAGAAACUAGUGUGAAUCUUAAUGUUGAGCACCUUCAGUUACCUGAAAAAAAUCCUCCACCUACAGAGUUGGCGGGUUUGAAUCAAAUUCCUGUGACUGAAUUAAUGAAUCAAGAUUAUGAAGCUUUGUAUGAUCUUGAGCAUUUUAAUCAUGUCCAGAGUAUGGUCUUCAAACGUCUUUAUUACUCCGAUGACAAUGUCUUGGUUGCUGCACCAACAGGGUGUGGCAAGAUUAUAUGUGCAGAGUUUGCUGUAUUGCGGAAUCAUCAGAAGGAUGGUGACAAGAUGCGUGUUGUGUAUAUUACAGCUAUGGAAUGUCUUGCUAAAGAACGGCACACUGACUGGCAGAGGAGAUUCGGAAGAUCAUCAGAUGGUCUCGGGCUGUGUGUUGUUGAAUUAACAGGAGACACAGUCACCGACUUGGAACUACUUCAGAAAGGUCAGAUUAUUAUCAGCACUCCUGAGAAAUGGGAUGCUUUGUCUCGGAGCAAGAAAGGGAGGGGGCAUGCUCAAGAGGUUAGUCUUUUUAUUAUAGAUGAAGUUCACUUGAUUGUGGGUAAAGAUGGCCCAGUUUUUGAAAAUAUAGUCUCUAGGAUGAGAUACAUAUCAAGUAAAGGUUCGAAGAAGAUCCGGAUUGUGGCUUUGUCCACUUCUCUUGCAAAUGCAAAUGAUGUUGGAGAAUGGAUAGGGGCUACCUCUCAUGACCUUUUCAAUUUUGCUCCUGAUGCGCGCCCAGUGCCACUGGAAUUACACAUUCAGGGGGUGGAUUUAGCUAAUUUUCAAACAGUGAUGAAUGCACUGGCAAAGCCAACACACACUGCAAUUGUUCAACAUGGGAAACCUGCUCUUGUGUAUGUUCCUAUGGGGAAACAUGUGCAAGUAACAGCUCUGGAUCUGGUGACUUACUCGGAUGCAGAUGGUGGUGGUACACCAUCAUUUUCAGAAUGGAUAAUGGAGUCCAUAGAGAACAUUAGUGAUAAAACUUUGAGACGCACUUUGAGCCAUGGAGUAGGCUACUUGCAUGAAGACUUAACCACUUACGAUCAAAACAUAGUGUCAGAACUUUUUAAAGCUGACCAUAUUCAAGUGUGUGUCAUGAGUGGUUCAAUGUGUUGGGAAGUGCCUUUGUCUGCCCGCUUGGUGGUUGUGAUGGGAACCCAAUAUGAUGACCAGGAAAAUUUUCAUUUUGAAUACCCUGUUACUGAUCUAUUGCAGAUGAUGGAUCAUGCUGGUCGCCAUAGGAGUGGUGUAUCUGGGAAAUGUGUCAUCUUCUGCCAAGCUUCUCGCAAAGCAUUCUACAUGAAGUUCUUAAAGGAAGCACUCCCUGUUGAAAGCCGCUUGCACCAUUACCUACAUGAUUAUCUAAAUGCAGAAGUUGUAGCAGGAAUAAUUAAGAAGAAGCAAGAUGUUGCUGAUUACCUCAAACAGACCUUCUUGUACCAGAGGCUUAAGCAAAAUCCAAGAUAUUAUAAUCUACAGGGGGAUCUUUCUGAUUACCUCUCACAGCUUGUUACAGAUACACUGAGGGAGUUGGAAAAAAGAAGGUUAAUCUCUAUAGAGAAUGGCGAGGAUCUUUUACCUUUGUCUUGUGGUAGGAUUUGUUCAGACUACUACAUCAGAUAUACUACCGUUGAGCAUUUCAGACGUACCUUAACUUCAGAAACAAAGAUGAAGGGUCUUCUUGAGAUUCUAGCUCAUGCUUCAGAGUAUUCACAACUUUCUCUACUUCCCGGAGAAGAAGAGCUGAUUCAAAGGUUGAUUAACCAACAGAGAUUUUCCAUUGAGAUUCCCAACUGCAGAAAUCCUCAUGUCAAAGCAAAUGCUCUGCUUCAGGCCUAUUUCUCAAGGAAUGAAGUGGGUGGGAACCUAUCAUCGGACCAGCGUCAGGUCCUCCUUUCUGCAAGUAGGUUGCUGCCUGCAAUGGUCUGGAUCAUUUACAGAAGGGGCUGGCUACAACUUGCUCUCCUAGCUAUGAGAGUCAGCCAGAUGGUCACUCAAGGAAUGUGGGAAUAUGACUCGAUGCUUCUACAGCUUCCCCACUUUACAAAGGAAAUGGUAGAGAGAUGCCAGCACAAUGAGGGAAAGAGGAUAAACACUGUAUCUGAUUUGGUGAACAUGAAGAAGGAUGAGAGGCAUGCACUACUUGAGACCAUACUUGAGAUGACAGAUAACGAGAUGGAGGAUAUUGAAAGAUAUUGCAGACAUUUUCCCAGCAAUAAACUGACAAAACUUAAAUUUCGGAAGAAUGAAAGGGCCGGGGAAAUAAUAACUUUGGAGAUUGAAAUAACUACCCAUAGACCAGUUGGUGCUGUUGAUACUCCAAGGUUUCCAAAGAAGACCAAAGAAGAGGGGUGGUGGCUGGUAGUUGGGGAUACCAGUACUAACUCAUUGCUUACCAUCAAAGAGGUUCCCUUGCAAAAGAAGGCAAAAGUCGAGCUUCAGUUCAUGAAUUCUGCAAUAGCUGGACAGAAUCUGGACUUGACCCUAUUUUUGAUCUCUGAUUCACGAAUGGGAUGCGACAAGGAAAAAAGCUUCACUGUAGCUUGA